AUGGGUGGUGGAAAUCAAGAGGCUCUCAAGCAGUUGAAGUCCCUGAUGGAAAAUGUGGAUGAGCAGCUGAAGAACACAUUCCAGAACAUGCAUCAAGAUUAUCCAUCUGAAACAUUAAUACGGUUUCUUAAAGCAAGGGAUUGGAAUGUUUCCAAAGCCCAUAAAAUGCUAAUUGAUUGUUUAAACUGGAGAGUGGAAAAUGAGAUUGACAAAGUUUUAACGAAGCCUAUUCCUGCGGAUUUGUACAGAGCUGUGAGGGAUUCUCAACUCAUAGGAAUGUCUGGUUACUCAAAGGAGGGUUUACCUGUCAUUGCUGUUGGUGUUGGACAAAGUACAUAUGAUAAAGCAUCUGACAAAUACUAUAUACAGUCACACAUUCAAAUUAAUGAAUACAGGGAUCGAGUUAUAUUGCCAAAAGCUACGAAGAAGAAUGAACGAUACAUUGGCACCUGUGUGAAAGUCUUGGAUAUGACUGGUUUAAAGUUUUCAGCCCUGAACCAAUUGAGGUUGUUGACUGCUAUAUCCACAAUAGAUGACUUGAACUACCCAGAAAAGACAGACACAUAUUAUAUUGUUAAUGCACCUUAUGUAUUCUCUGCAUGUUGGAAGGUGGUAAAACCUCUUUUGCAAGAAAGAACAAGGAGGAAAAUCCAGGUGCUGCAAGGUUGUGGGAAGGAGGAAUUACUGAAGGUAAUGGACUAUGCAUCCCUCCCACACUUCUGCAGAAAAGAAGAUUCCAAGUCAUCCAAACAUAAUGCAUCAGGAAACACUGAAAACUGUUUCUCCUUUAAUCAUGUUUUCCACCAACAACUCUACAAUCACAUCAAGCAUCAAGCUAUCAUUAUGGAGUCAAUCUCAUCACCAAUCAGACAAGGGUCUUUCUAUGUUGACAUACCAGAGCCAGACCCGGAUGAUGCCAAAAUAGCCAAAACCAUAGAAACUGAGUUCCACAAAUUGGAGAAUCAAAAGAAUGGUUUUACCAACUCACGAAAUGGUGUUACAGUCAAUGGCCAUUGA